GCUGAUCAAUGCUGUUACUGUUAAGUGGUAUAUGACGUCCAGAGCCUAGAAGUUAGAGAUAGAAGUUUAGUAGUAGUACUGUUUCAUCUGGUUAUUUCAUAACACGUUAGCCGGCAUUAAUUAUUAUUAGUUAACCAAUUGUUACGUAAGUUAAACAUUAAAUUUAAAAUGAAAUUUCAGUAUCCCAAACCUCGUCGUGAUGAUAGCUUUGUUGAAGAUUACUUUGGAGUUAAAGUAUCGGAUCCGUAUCAGUGGCUUGAGGAUCCAAACCUUGAAGAGACUAAAGCUUUCGUUGAUGCACAGAAUGCCAUUACAUUUCCUUAUCUAGAAUCUUGUAAAGUAAGAAAUGUACUGAAGGAAAGGUUGACUGAGUUAUGGAAUUACCCUAAAUACAGCUGCCCUGCUAGAAAAGGGUCAAGAUAUUUUUUCAGCAUGAACACUGGACUUCAGAAUCAAAGUGUCAUGUAUGUUCAGGAGAGUUUGGAUGGGGAAGCACAUGUGUUCCUGGAUCCAAAUAAGCUUUCUGAAGAUGGAACAACUGCUUUAAGUUUUAGCUCUUUCUCUGAAAAUGGGGAACUACUUGCAUAUGGACUAAGUGAAAAAGGAUCAGACUGGGUUAAAAUAAAGAAGCAGUCUCUACUGAGUCUUUCUUCACUAUCAUCACAGUUAAACUAAAUGAUACUGAUAGUGUAUACCAUGUCCCUCCCCCUGAUGGCUUAUAAUAAUUUGAUCCUGCCAACAUUUCA